ACGAUUUUUGCUUGAUUGAUAAAAAAAAGAGUGUGUUUUGCAGUAUUUUUUUACAAUUAUUAGAUAAAAAGUACACUAACACAUCAUGUAGACACUAAACGACGUACGUCCUGUAAUAAUCUGGUAAAUAAAGUGCAGGGUCUACUAAAACCAGACUACAAUAAUUGGACCAUAUCAACAAUCAGCACCGACCGACAAUCCGGCUGUCGUUUUUAAGUGGACUUGUAGAUGAUCUAGACAUUUAUUUACAUAAUAAGCCGUUAUUAAGAGAAAUGGAUACUACAAAGAGGCAUGCCACCGCUGCUCAAGUGUCAGCACUGAUGGACUACAUGCAAGAACAUUCAGAAGUGGCCAAGGGCAUGAGUUCAGGGCUUGAGCGAGAGGACAUAGAGGCUCAGUGGCGAGACCUCACUUCAAUGCUUAAUUCUAUGGGCGGCGCUAUUAAAUCUACGGAAAAAUGGAAACAGACCUGGAGAGACCUGAAAUCAAACACAAAGAAGCGGGCCCUGAAACAGCAGCAUUCCUUGUGUGAUACUAGUGUAGGACCCAGUUCAGAUAACUUACAUGGUGAUGGUCAGAAUAGUGAUGGUGAUUACAUGCCUCCAAAAAAAAGAUUUGCUUCAUUUGAUGAAGAAAUUCUGAGGAUAGAAAGAGAUAAGUUGGAAGUGGAAAGGGAAUAUAAGGUCCAGAAGAUAGAAGUCCUUUCAAGGAUAGCCAGCGCGUUAGAAGAAUUAGCCAGAAAGAAAUAAGUUCAACCAGUUGCAGCGUGAUUUGGAAAAUGUUAGUAUUGUUGCACACAAUAUUAGUUAUGAAGGCCAAUUAUUAGGUCUACAAUUUUAUAAUAUAUUCUUGUAAAAAGACUUAGUAAGGUGUGUGGUGUGUAGAUGUUAUAUUCAGGCUAAGAUAAAUUGAGUUAACACAUACAAUGUUACUUCAAGUAUUGAUAUGGUUUGAUCAGAGAAGCAAAUAAUAUUUUUCAUUGUGAAUGUAUUGGUUUGUCUGAAGUUGUUAUGGUUGACUACGCAGCUAUAGUGUGGUUGAAAGUUU